AUGGAUUUCUGUCACUUCUCUCUUCUAUGCGGGGCUCUCGCGUUUGUUUGGGGGGUCCCCUGUUUCCAGACUCUCGCUAUUUUCCCUCCUGCUGCGCCGAAGAGCAGCAAGGCGACGAGGAUCUUUGAUGGACAAGAAGCGUCGAAAUACUUCAAGGAGUUUUACGCGCCGCCGUCCAUCGACAGAAGCAUUAAAGCAACAUCUAAAGACCUGAUUGAGCCUCACGACUACAUGCUGUCUAUUUACAAGACCUUCUCCACGGCGGAGAGACUGGGACUCAACGCCAGCUUCUUCAGGUCCUCAAAAGCUGCGAACACCAUUGCAAGUUUUGUGGACAGUGGAGAAGAUGACCUCCCACUCUCGCCUCUGAGGAGACAGCGGUAUCUGUUCGACGUCUCAACCCUCUCCAGAAAAGCGGAGGUGCUGGGAGCCGAGCUCAGGAUAUACACCAAAGUGUCUGGGAAUUUCAGGAUAUCGGAAACAGAGCCUGUCGACAUCCAGCUCCUCUCCUGCCACGACCGGCAGCUUCUGGACUCCAAAACAUUGGACUUGGAGGACUCCCAAAGGCCAAAGUGGGAGGUGUUGGACGUGUGGGAAAUAUUCAAAGAGCAGCAGCACCUGAGCCAGGGGAAGCACUUCUGCCUGGAGCUCAGGGCCAUGCUGGACAACCCGGAGAGGGAGCUGGACCUGCACCUUCUGGGCCUGCACAGGCACGGCAGGCCUCAACAGAAGAAAGCCAUCUUAGUGGUCUUCACCAGGUCUAAGAAGAGGCAGACCCUCUUCAGCGAGAGGAGAGAGGGGAGGGCGCUGCUGGGUCUCGAGAGGAAGGCCAAAGAGAGGGGCCCUGGCACCAAGGCCAGCCGGAGAAGGAGGACAGCUGCUUCCAAAACCCGUCACGGGAAGAGACACGGCAAGAAGUCCAAGUCCAGGUGCAGCAAAAAGCCGCUGCACGUCAACUUCAGAGAUCUGGGCUGGGACGACUGGAUCAUCGCCCCGCUGGAUUACGAAGCGUACCACUGCGAGGGGGUUUGCGACUUCCCCCUGCGCUCCCACCUGGAGCCCACCAACCACGCCAUCAUCCAGACUCUGAUGAAUUCAAUGAACCCCAGCAACAUGCCGCCCAGCUGCUGCGCCCCGUCCAAACUCAGCCCCAUCAGCAUCCUCUACAUCGACUCAGGAAACAAUGUGGUCUACAAACAGUACGAGGACAUGGUGGUAGAGUCCUGUGGCUGCAGGUAG